AUGGAAGUAGGUGACCCGCCUGGUCCAUUGACCAUGGAUAUGGCAAGAAAUGCCCAGAACAACGGCUUCUUGAUCGGGAGCUGUUCCGACAGGCCUCCCAGCGCACAGAGAGCAAUCUGGGAAGCGCACAACAUCGCUGCGGACUUUGUCAUCCCUAAGCACAUGCUCGCCGAUGUGAAAGCUAAGUUCGAGGCAGAGGGGUACUACCACAUUGGAGACCGUGAGGACCUCGAUAGGCAGACCGCACUUCGGGCUGGGUUCGAGUUCCUAUGGCCUCACGAAGCCGUCACCAAGCCAUGGUUCUCCUCGAAUUCCAACCCUAAUGGUGAGGGCACAGUCUAA